CGAGUCCUACAGGCCACAAAAUUAACCCUCUUGCACUAUCUCUCCCUACCUUGGAACAUAUCGUAUUGGACCUUGAAGCUUAACACACCCCUUAGUCAGCUUCAAGUGGGCUCCGUACAGCUGCAGUUGCGUCUGAGCCUGUGGCACCCGGGUCGGCGGUGCGUCGAGCGUCGGGCCACCAGCAGUCCUCAAAACGCCGUCGCCUUGCCAUCAGGCGAUUCGAUCGCGCUUUCCGCAUUCGCUCCCAUCGACUGCGCAGAGGAAAUCCAAGUGGCCCUCUGGACUGCGACGCGUGGCCAUUAAUCGAUAGGGUACUCUCUCAAGCCGUGUCUGCUUGAGUAGUGCCUGGGUCAGGCUUGCUGCUGGGGUCACGAGGGUGAUUCAAGCCUCUAUAUCGCCAUGGUCGGCAUCGCCCUUCCCGGCGCAGCUUUGCCUGCCCCCAAUGCCACCAAGGGCCCCUCGUCAUCAAAAGCAGAUGGAGGACCCUCCAUAGUAGAGGGGAAAAUAGCGGAUGCUUCGACGAGGCCGGAGCGCUCUGCAGUAAUGGGAACUGCUCAGCAACACGAGGUGGUGCCAACUCUGCAAAACAUUGUCGCGACUGUGAACUUGGAGGUUCGAUUGGAUCUCAAAACAAUUGCGCUUCGUGCACGCAAUGCAGAGUACAACCCAAAGCGCUUUGCUGCCGUAAUCAUGCGUAUUCGGGAGCCGCGUACAACAGCUCUGCUGUUCGCGAGUGGCAAGAUGGUAGUCACCGGUGCCAAAUCAGAGGAUGACAGUCGACUUGCCAGCCGAAAGUAUGCUCGUAUCGUUCAAAAACUUGGCUUCGAGGCAAAGUUCUCCGAAUUCAAGAUUCAGAACAUCGUCGGCUCCUGCGAUGUGGGCUUCCCAAUCCGUUUGGAGGGCCUCGCUUACUCCCAUGGCCCUUUCACGUCGUAUGAGCCGGAGUUGUUCCCUGGGCUGAUCUAUCGCAUGGUCAAACCAAAGGUGGUCUUGCUGGUCUUCGUCUCAGGCAAGAUCGUACUGACAGGCGCCAAACAUCGCGAUGAAAUUUACGACGCCUUUCGUCUAAUCAAGCCUGUGUUGGCAGAGUUCCAGGCUUCCAAAACAUAGGAAUGCGUCCCGCGUCCGCUUCGAGGACGUCGUCGUACCUCAAUACGACGGCCCGUCAUUUCCCGUUCUGUAGUUCUCCCCCACUCUCCCCCCCCCUUCCCCCUGUGUGAUUGACCCCACCCAGCACUUCUGUAUUCUUAGAGCAUCAAGCAAACACAUUUCAUGAUGGG